UUCUAUCAGUUCCUAUUCACAAUAUUUUGUGGCAAUGCAUUUCUAUAAUUUAAUUGUGCUUUGCCUGAUUCAUUUUUUGGAUUUGACAGCCAGGGGGAAAGAAAAUGAUGGAUUUAUUUUUUGCAUACAUAACUAUAGAGGAUGGUGCUGGAAUAACAAUGCAAGUGUUUGGAGCUACGGAAGAUAGAUGCGAUAUCCGCAUGAGACCAACGAUCGGGUUGUAGAACAAGCCCUAUAAGAAUAUUUUACGAUUCAAUAAAAAAAUACAAACUUCAGGGUCAAUAAUAUCAGUUGUUUGAAAUAAUUUAUGUGUAUAUUAACCUAUUACCUAACGCUGUUAUUGAUUUUCUAGCCCCUGAAAGUGGUUUUAAAAAAGCCCUCUAUAUCUGGUCAAAUUAAUUGGGUUAAACCAAACAAUAGCUCAAAAAUGUAAUUAAGACCACUGCGCUGCGAUGCAAUUUCAAUUAGCCGAUUUGGUUUCCAAACACAACAAUCCACGAAGUGCCAUCCCAUCUAAAUUCCUGCAACUUCCGAGCGAUGUCAAACCGACUUAGCCACCGCAAUCUCCGCAGCUGGUGCUGAAUGGAUUAUGCACGGAGUAUCCUGUCCUCAAAAUGGAAAUUAUAAUGCCACCAGGAGCAGGAGCACUAGGUUUAGAUGAUGAAAUAUGCAAAAAUAAUGCACACAACAGCGGGGACACAACUGGGUUGCAAAAUGCCAUGAGCUGCGCUUUACU